AUGGAAAAUAUUUUUCAAAAUGAAAAUCAUGUUUUAAAUCGAGAAAAUCCUCGUAUAGUUCGUCGACAUGAGAAUGCUGAUGAUGUUUUACAUGGAUUGUGUGGUGAUCGUUAUCAGAUCACCCAAAUCAUAGAGGAAGUAUUAAAUCGAGUCGGAUUGAAUGUUGGCUUUAUGAAUCAGCCACAUUUUGUAUCGGAUUUUUCCCAAGUAGUUCAAAUGGCUGAGGUGCCAAGAGGGGCAAAAAAUCUGAAAAUAACUACAAAGUUUGCUGGAGAAGUUGGAGAAUCGACAACUGAACAUGUUGCUUGUUAUUUGGUCGAGAUUGGAAAUUUGGCGAAUGAUGAAAAUUUGAAAAUGAAAUUUUUUCCAUCGUCUUUGACGAAGAAUCCAUUUACAUGGUUGUCAAAUCUUAGACCAAAUUCAAUUACAACAUGGAAUCAGUUGGAAACUGCUUUUCACGCUCAGUUUUACCGAGGGGAAAUGAACAUAGCAGUUACUGAUUUGGUAGCUUUGAAACGUGAAGAUGGUGAAACCAUCGAUGAUUAUUUAAUACAUUUCAAAAAUGCUAGAAGUAGGUGCUAUGUCACAUUACCCGAAAAUGAGAUAGUGAAAAUAGCAACUAUGGGAUUAGGAUUUUAUAUGCGCAGAAAGUUACUUAAUGUGCAUAUUCCUAAUUUGGCUCAUUUGGCUAAAAAGGUUCGGCAAACUGAGUUAAUGAAAAAGGAGAAAGAAAAACAUAGAACCGAACAGAGGUCGAAGAGUAAACAGUUUACUCGAAAGGAAAAGGUCGCUUAUGUAACCAUGGAGUCCUCAUAA